AUGUGUGGAGUUGAGCAUGAGAAUCUUGUGCAUUCUUUGAUCACUUGUGGUUAUACGAUGAACAUUUGGGCACGAUCCAACAUUCCAAUCCCCAAUAGUGCCACAAAUAUUUUCAGUGAUUGGUUUAAUGAUUUGUUGAAUAUUUUAGAUGAUGAUGGGAUUAUUUAUGCAGUGGCUCUCUUGUAUUUCAUAUGGCGAACGAGAAAUGGAGCUGUAUGGGAAGCAAAGUUGCCCAGGCCCCAAAACGUGAUAGCAAUGGCGUUGUCAUCCGUCAAUGCAUGGAAAGAGGCACAUCCCGCUCGAAGAAGUCCGCAAGCCAUCACCACGAUGCCGGCUGCUAUUUUACCGCCAGUUGCGGCAGUCUACUGCCCGAGGGAAGGCGCAGCAAUUAUGGGAGAAGGGGAGGCCGAAACACUGCCAUUAUCACGGGAAUUUUCAGCAACCGUCCAACACAAUACUACGCACAACGGGAGGAAUCAAUGUUAUUUCGAUGCGACGUACGAUCCAACAACAAACAAGGCAGCAAUGGGGGCUAUUAUAUUGGAUUCACGAGGAUGCUAUGUGUCGGCGAUGACCACCCCUAUCAUGCACUGUUUUUCGCCCUUAAUGGCGGAGGCUUUCGCAUGCAAAGAAGCUUUGUCAUGGCUCAGACACCGAGAAGAAACAGAUAUAGACCUCUACACAGAUUGUUUGGUGCUCCAACAAUAUCUUUCGUCUACAACACACUCAUUGCGCUCUUAUUUAGGCUAUGCCAUUGAUAGUUGCAAAACUAGUAUGGCAUCUUUUGAUUACUGCUUAAUUCAUUAUGUUCCUAGACUAGACAAUUAUUUAGCGCAUACAUUAGCUUCUUCUGCAACUAAUCACCUAUCUAGUAUGUACGCGGACUUAGACCCGCCAGACUCUAUUUCAGCAUAUUUCGAAUAA